GCUUUUAGUGUAAGUUCAAACUGCUAGAUGUCGAGUAUAUUGCAUUGAAGAAUGGAAAAUAAAUGAUAUUUAAUAAAAAUAAGUAUUUAUUGAAGUAUUUCAAAAGUGGUAAUAGCAUAUUACUAAUAAUUAAUUGAUGUUACAACCUUUGAAGAAAGUAUCAAUCAAUAUAUAUUCAACAGUGUAAAAUCAUACUUCAUUUUAUAUUUGUGAAUAAGAUAACUAUUUCUAAAAAUGGCUGCAGUACUUGAUGAAGUCGGCAAGUCUGCUGAAAAAUUACUUGAUGAAGAUCAGGAUGUAAUUAUAGAUGAUGAAGAUGAAAAUGGUCCUCCAGAUGCUCUCAAGAAAAAGAAAAAAAAGAAAAAGAAGAAGAAAGCAGGUACCGGAGACAAUGUUGUAAACGAUGUACAAGAUGACAAAAAAGAGAAUGAUAACGAUGAAGCUGGUGAAAAUGAUGGGGAAGCUGAAGAUGUUAAGAAAAAAAAGAAAAAACGUAAACCACGUGGCAAAAGUAAUAAACAACAAACUGAUCCUCCUAGUAUUCCGGUAGCUGAAUUAUAUCCCGAUGGAAAUUUCCCAAUUGGUCAAAUAAUGGAACAUCCUAGUGCUGCUGGUAUUGAUGAUAGGACAGCGAAAGAUCGGUUUACUAGUGAAGAAGCAAAAGCUCUUGAUCGAAGUCAAAAUGAUAUCUAUAACGAAGCAAGGCAAGCUGCAGAAGCUCAUAGACAAACACGAAAACACAUUAUGAAAUGGGUGAAACCGGGUAUGACUAUGAUUGAAAUUUGUAAUGAGCUAGAAAAUACUGCAAGAAAAUUGAUCGGUGAAGAUGGUUUAAAAGCUGGUUUAGCAUUUCCCACAGGAUGCUCUAGAAAUCACUGUGCUGCUCAUUAUACACCAAAUGCUGGUGAUCCAACUGUUCUCGAAUAUGAUGAUGUAACAAAAAUAGAUUUUGGUACUCAUAUCAACGGUCGAAUAAUUGACUGUGCAUUUACUUUAGCAUUUAAUCCUAAAUACGACAAAUUAAUUGAAGCAGUUCGUGAUGCCACCAAUACCGGAAUCAAGGCCGCAGGUAUUGAUGUACAGUUAUGUGAUGUUGGAGCUGCUAUUCAAGAAGUUAUGGAAUCAUAUGAAGUGGAAAUCGAUGGAAAGACUUAUCAGGUUAAAUCAAUUAGAAACUUAAAUGGUCAUUCUAUUGCCCCGUACCGUAUACAUGCUGGAAAAACCGUGCCAAUUGUUAAAGGAGGAGAAGCCACGAGAAUGGAAGAAAAUGAAUUUUAUGCAAUUGAAACUUUUGGAUCUACUGGUAAAGGAAUUGUUCAUGAUGAUGCUGAUUGUUCCCACUAUAUGAAAAGCUUUGACGCUGGUUUUGUUCCAUUAAGACUACAAAGUAGUAAAUUAUUGUUAAACACAAUAAAUAAAAACUUCAGUACUUUAGCCUUCUGCAAACGAUGGUUAGAUCGAAUUGGUUGUACCAAAUAUCAAAUGGCUCUGAAAGAUCUAUGUGAUAAAGGUGCUGUUGAAGCUUAUCCACCACUGGUCGAUGUCAAGGGCUGUUAUACUGCCCAAUUUGAACAUACUCUUGUAUUACGUCCCACUUGUAAAGAAGUUAUUUCUCGUGGAGAUGAUUAUUAAUUUUUGAAUAUUUUGGUUUCAAAAUUCAGCAGACUAUCUUAAUGAAAGUAAAUAAAUACGUGUACUUUA